AUGAAUCAGUUAUUCACACCGGAGAGGAAGAAUCUAUCAGCGCCUAUACAUCACCACGAGUUAAUGAAUACACCUCCGUUUACUCCACUGCCUAAAUAUGAAGAAAUGAUGACUCCAGAGUUGAAACGUGCUUUGUCUAAAUACGGUGUUAAACCUCUUCCACGGAAACGUGCUGUUCUACUAUUAAAAGAGAUAUACAAUCAACUGCAUCAAUACGAAGAAACUGACGUGAACCAGAGUGAAUCGACACGUAAUAAUGAAGGAUCUGAAAUCGUUUCAAACCAUGACAACAGAGAUCCUCCUACCCUUGGAAGCAGCAGUUCUAGUAGUAACAAUAAGAGUAAUAAUAAUAAUAAUAAACGCAAUACCAAGUCAAAUAAACCUAAACCAACUAAACAUCAAAACGUUUCAUCUUCUAUCCAAGGUGGUGGUAUUUCCUCAGUAUCCAAUAGUAUUAGUAGUACUAGUACUAGUAGUACCAGUAGUCAUUAUUAUCAACAGACGACGACGUCACAGUCAUCAACCUCACCGAUAAUGAGAGCCGUGAUAACUACAAGCACUGCAACAACAACAACAAUUACUGCUGCGACUACUUCUACAACUUUAUCCUCUACCUCAACUUCUCUGGACCACUACCACAGCAGUAAUAGCAACACACAGUAUUGCGCAUAUGAUGAUGAAACUGUUGCUGUCCUUGAACAGAUGUCUAUCUUAGAUAAUGCUGAAGACGAGGAGGAAGUAGAAGGCGUGAUUGAAGACGGUUGUAAUAAAAAGCAACAAAGUGAUAAGGAUAAGAAUUCUGUACAACAAACUGUAUUGAAUUAUCUGAAGAAUGAUGCCAAUUUAUAUAUGAAUAUCUUAACAUAUACGCCAUUAGAAUUUGAUAUUGUGCAUAAUAUGCUUAAAUCAGCUGGUAUCAUAAUUGGUCAACAGAAAUUAAUGAAUCUUUUAGAUGAUCAGUGUAUUACAUUCACUCUACGGAAUCGUGUUAAGCAUCAUAAUACGGCUAGCGCUAGUGGUGGUGGUGGUGGUGUAAUUCACGCGGUAAACGAUCAGUCAAUCCAAACAGAAAACUAUCAUCGAAUCAACGGAAACAUCAAACUCAUCAUAAAACCUGAAAUCUUUCUAUAUAGAAAUAUAUUAAUGUUGACUUUUGAAAUCUUUCGUCAACUGUGAAGUAUGAUAUCUAACAAUUUGUAUAUUUGUAUUUAUAUUUAAUUAUUUAUUUAUUUAUGUACUUCAUUAUUUCAUUACCUGUAAA